CACAAAAGGCAGUCACUUACAUCAAAACUCAGAGGAACAAGGGGCUGGCGGUUGCGAAAUCACUGCUACUUUCCCGACUCAAUUCUAAAUGUUGAGGAGUGGUCGACAGGAGGAUUAAAGAGGACUUUCUACUGUUCAUCUCCCACUGAUUGUAGUCACCUCCAUACCCUGGGCUCCAGGGCGCCAGCUGAUACACUUAUCUCAAGGAACAAAGGUACCCUCCCCUAAAGGUGAUGGCGGUGUCCAUUUCCAGGGAUCUGUCAGUGCAUGUCCUCCACGAUGUGAAUGCUAGCAAGCUGACCGACAGACAGCAGGCCCUGCGUGCCAGUGUCCAGAAAGGAGAGCCUAAAUGUCUAGGGGUCUCUCAGGUGAUGUUGGGUGUGAUGGUAAUGUCCUACUCCAUUCCUCUCAUUUUCACUGAGAUCACUGAGGUGGUCAGGCUGGGAGUGCCUUGGUGGAGUGGCCUGUCGUUCAUCAUAUCAGGAGUGGUCGCUAUUGUUGUAGAGAAACACUGCAGCAUGAAAACUGUGGGGCUGUGUAUAGGGGUGAGUGUGGUGUCCAUUGUGCUGUCGGUUGUGGCUUUGAUUGUCUACUCUGUGGACUUGGAGAAGAACCCUGAGUCUCAGUGUGUCCUCCUGUACAAUCGCAGCUGUGAUGAGAAAUACUAUGCCGUGAGGCUGAGCAGAGGAGUGAAGUCGUCCCUUCUUCUUUUCACCUUGGUCCAGACAGUCAUCUCCUCCACUCUGUGCUACCUUCUCUACACGAAGAGACGCAGCUUCGGACAGUAUGCUUCUCUUAAUGAAGGUGCUCCAGCAACCCCCACAACAGUCACACCCCCAGACAUGAACUGAUCAGUUACUUGACCAGGCAAUCAUCUGUCUUUGAUGUGACUGUUCACCCAACGUCAAGACGACUGGUCAUCUUUCAUCGAGGUUACUGAUCACUUAUUGUUCAAGUUUUCAUCUUUUCACAUGCCUGCCAGUUUCCUGUUUGAACUCUGAGAACUGACCAUUGUGCUACCUGAGGGUGCAGAUUAGUGAGAUUGAAGCGUAUCUGCUUUCAUGUGCCGUUCUUAUGAAUGCCUGUCAAAUCCCUGAAUAUUGGAUUAUUGGUGCAGUUCGGCCAGAUAACUGAAAGCACCUGUGACCAAUAGAUGUACAAUAGAAGGAUGGAAGGAAGAAAGAGGAAGAACAAAAGCUAGAGGGGAAGGAAGGAAAGGUGAUAUUGUGCCUAAUAUUGGCAUAUUGUUUUAGUCAUACCAGAUUAUUGAUCAACUUGAAGGGGAAAUGAGGGAAGGAAGGAGAGAGGUCGUGAAGAAAUAAUUGAAUGAACAAUUAAAUGAACCAACAAAAAUCUAAGACAAAAGAUUACCCUGCACCCAAAAUAAAUAGGGAUUUUGAGACAUAAUUGAUUAAGCUGUCACAGACUCAUGCCACUUUCUUAAUUCACAGCCAUGAAAUAAUAUCUUAUCUUAAAAGUCUUAAUGUAUUCUAGAUUAUUCUUAUUCAGAGAAAAAAAAGUUUGUACUGAAGUACAUGAGCCAUCUUUUGACUGUUCCUUUUUCUGUUGAUUUUAUUUGAACAUUUUGGAUGGCAUAGCAUGGUGUUGGUGUGAAAUGGCUUUUUCUCUUACAGUUCCGGGAGGAAUGUGACACUAAGUAUGCACAGUUUUAUAAUUCAGUAUGUUUACACAAAGUUACUCACAAGAGAUAUGCUCAUAAAUGUUUUCCUAAAUCUUUGAUAUAGUUUUGUAUAUUUUUAUUAAAUAAAACCAUGUAUCUGAAUGUAUGUAUAUAACUAUGAAUAUGUAAAUUAUAUACAUUGUGUCU